UAUUACAUUUAUUGAGGUUUAGCAUGGCAGAAGAAAACGGUGUACAUGAGCUAUCACGAGAAGAGAACAAAUGUUUGACUCUCUUACCACUGUCCAGGAUUAAAAACAUCAUGAAACAGUGCCCUGAUAUCAACGCGAUAAGUCAAGAAUCACUAUUCAUCAUUACCAGGGCUACAGAAUUGUUUGUCGAACUUAUGACUAGAGAAGCAUACGAUGUAAUGGAUGAAAGCUACAAGGUAUCAGGAGGAAGAAUGAAUGAGGUGGUGUAUAAAGACCUGGCGAGCGUAGUGGACAAGUACGACUGUCUUAUGUUCCUCUCGGACAUUGUCCCCCAGAAGAUUACUGUCAGAGAGUACUACAAGAUACUGCAGGAGGAGGACAGUGCGCAGUCAGAAAGUGCUGAUAGCGCAGCAUAGCACUCUGUGCGAGGGGAAGUCACAAUGUGCUAGAAACAAAAAGGACUAUUUUUAAUCGUUUGAAUUACAUUACAUUUUUAAUAUUGUUAAAUUGCUACUAUUCUGUCAGUCACUAUGUUUAGAUGCAGUAUAUGGGUAAUUUUUAGAAUAGAGGCCGAGGGCCUCGCGACAAUAUAUAACUUUUGUUGAUCAUUAUUUACUGAGUUUCGAAUUAAGCCUUAUUUAAAAUGUAUCGUCUCGUUUCUCCCCAUUUGCCGUUUGUACGCUGCAUGUAAGCUGUAUGUACAUUGCAUUGUAUGCACACGCUAAAAAUAACAUGCUAUAAAAUUACUCACUAUCAUAUACAUGUAGUGAACACAUGACCUAAAGACUCAUUCUCUCACAAACAUGCUUGUUAGGAAAUACAGCAUUUUGUACGAUCAAGCUUAUAAUGUAAAAUCAAUCUGCGGCACGUCUUGCAUUUUACCUAAAGGUUGUAUAUAAUAUGCUACAUGGUCAGUAUGCCAACGUUCGUGUUUGUGCCAUGCUCGUAACAUAGUCAUUUUUCAUGUUUGAGACUUUUCACUUUUCACUACUACAUUCAACAUUCAAUUGUGUAUACUCGUUGACAUCCAGCUGCCAGCAUGACUCCUAUUUAGCGAUACGACAUCCAGUAUGACUCCUAAUUAGUGAUACAACAUCAAGCAUGUCUCCUAAUUAGCGAUGCGACAUCCAGCAUGACUCCUAAUUAGUGAUACGACAUCCAGUAUGACUCCUAAUUAGCGAUACGACAU